AUGCCACACCCGUCUUCAUCGAAUCCCCGAAGCUACCAGUCGCCCUUCGCUGCCCGCGCCCGCCCAUCGCCGACCCAGCCCAAGGCCAGUCGGGACCGGCCGCCAAUCAACUUCAAGGCCGCCGAGCUCAGCGCCAAUCAGGGCUCGAUCCAGCGCACGGCCGGCGGUUUCCUCUACUCGGCCCCGCCUUCCGAACAGCAGCGCAGCCAAUCGGGGUACAACUACGACACCCCCUCUAAACCGGUCACCUGGGAGUACGGUUUCUCCAUCGCCCGCCAGAAGCGCCAAGCGGACUCCUCCGAAGGUUCUCAGCUCUGCCCCACCUCAGGCCAGUUCGUCACGCCAAAGGCGGGGCUUAACAACCGCGGCGAGUGGAGGUUCGUCGUCAACAUGGAAGAGCUAGACGUGCGCUACACUCAGCUGGUUCGCGCCGAGCGCUGCAUAUCGGACCGCUGCUUGGGUCUUUGCACAGUUCCUGCGGGCAUGGCGGCCACGUGCCAGCAGCAGUACGUGCAGAAGAAGAUGGUGGGCCUUGACCCAAGUGGCUCGCAAGUCUACACCGACCUUUACUGGAUACCGCACUGUUGCGUCUGUCAGAUUAGCUAGCCGCCGG